AUAUUGCUUUCUUUCUGUUUUGAUCGACGAGCCGUACUGACGGAGCGAGCUCGUCAUGGUGAACAACCGAGUACCCUCGGUCUUCUCAAAGACCUAUGUCACGCCCCGGCGGCCCUUCGAGAAGGCGCGCCUCGACCAGGAGCUGAAGAUCAUCGGCGAGUACGGUCUGAGGAACAAGCGCGAAGUGUGGCGCGUCAAGUACACGCUGGCGCGCAUCCGCAAGGCUGCCCGUGAGCUGCUCACCCUUGAGGAGAAGGACCCCAAGCGGCUGUUUGAAGGCAAUGCCCUCCUCCGGCGUCUGGUCCGCAUCGGAGUGCUGGACGAGAAGCAGAUGAAGCUGGAUUAUGUGCUCGGUCUGAAGAUUGAGGACUUCUUGGAGCGCCGCCUGCAGACCCAGGUGUUCAAGGCUGGCCUCGCCAAGUCCAUCCAUCAUGCCCGCAUCCUUAUCAGACAGAGACACAUCCGCGUCCGCAAGCAGGUGGUGAACAUCCCGUCGUUCGUCGUGCGGCUGGACUCGGGCAAGCACAUCGACUUCUCGCUCAAGUCCCCGUUCGGCGGCGGCCGCCCGGGCCGCGUCAAGAGGAAGAACCUGCGCAAGGGCCAGGCGGCCGGCGCCGCCAACGACGAGGAGGAGGAUUAAACGAUAAAUCACUUCAUUUAAC